AUGUCGAGUACGCCGGACGAUAAGCCACAGCGGGCGACCGCUGCGCAGAUGGCGAACAGAAAAAUCAAAGAUAUUCGAAGACGCCGUCCCAAUACCUCUGGAGCAGGAGCUUCAUUUGGUGGUCCCUUCAACUCUCUCGAUCCUAAUACUGUCUCCGGUACACCUGGCGCGCCUCAACCGGCGACGAACGGCUUUACAUUUGGUCAAUCACAAAGCUUCCCAGGAGCUAGUUCAACUCCUAGCCAGCCUAGUCAGAACGGCUCGUCCCCAUUUGCAUUCGGCCAGGCAAGUGGAUCAUCAUCGUUCAAUUUUGGAUUUGGCGGUUCCGGCGCCGCCAGCAAUCCUUUUGCCAGCAUGAAUACCGGUGGCUCUGGCCAGUCCUCCGAUGGAGGCAGCUUCUCUGGCUUCAAGGGCAAUUUGUUCAACAUCCCUGCCACUAGCAGUCCAGCGCCGGCUCAGCAGUCCUUGCCUUCUGGUGGUCUUUUUGGAGCUGGACAGCAGCAGAACAACACUUCUGGCGGCCUGUUUGGAAACACGAGCACGCCCUCUACUCAACCUGCAUCUGCAGCUCCCAUCGCCGGUGGCAUCUUCGGCCAGACUAGUGGUAGCACCACUCCCCCGACGAACAUUUUCGGACAGUCUACGACGAACAAACCCACGGCCUUUGGUCAGUCUACAGCAUUCGGUGACUCCAUGCAGACGUCCCCCGAUUCCAAACAAUCGAAACCGUCUAUCUUCGGCGCUGGAACUACUUCAUCUGGGUUUGGCGCUUCAUCGGGUUUCGCCAGCCCAGGAGCCGGUUCGUUGUUUGGAACUCCGACCUCCAAACCCGCGGAGACCCCUGCCAAAAACCUAUUUGGGGCGAAGCCUGCAGAGCAGUCUACCCCUUCAACAUCGUUGUUCGGCGCGACCACCCAGCCCAGCUCCGCUACCACACCUGCUCCAUCCACUACUCCCGCUGCAGCCAGCACAACUCCCGCCCCCUCCACGUCUCUAUUUGGCGCAGCAACUCCCUCCGCGGCGUCACCGGCUGCACCAUUCCAGAAUCUAUUCGGCACACCUGCGCCGUCCACCACGCACAAGCCUGCCGAGAAAGAAGAGAAAAAGCCCGAGGAAUCCCAGCCUAAGCCAGCGUUCCAGUUUGGAGCUUCCACCAGCGGAGCUACCCCGUCUUUGUUCUCCAAGAGCGAGACUGCUGCCGCGCCUUCGGCACCAGCGGGCGGUCUAUUCCAACCUCCUUCCACUGGCAGCUUGUUUGCCCCCAAACCCGCUGCAGCUGCUGAGCAGGACAAGACUGCGUCCAGCGCGGGAAAUCCUUUCGCUAGUUUGUUUGCACAAAAGCCCGCAGACACAAGCAAGCCAACAACGGAGCAGAAGCCACUUCCUUCCCCUGCUCCGUUCAGCGGUCUCUUCACGCCCAAGCCCAGUGACGAAGCGAAGAAGAGUGAGUCAGCAAAGUCUACCACUCCAGCUCCUCUCUUCUCGGCACCUACUACUACUACCACGCCCUCCGCCCCCAGUCUCUUCGCCCAACCAUCGCCGGCUUUCUCUACAUCGACAACAGAUAAACCUCAGGCACCUGCGUCUCCUGUCCCCGCGCCUGCCCCGAGUCCCUUGAAGAUCAACAGCCCCGUUUCCACUUCGAAACCCUCCACCACGACGGAGAAUGCUGUCGACAGUCUCUCCAAAGCUACGCCGUCUAAACUGCCCGCCAACCUGGACAAGAAGGAGAAGGAUGAUGUUGAAAUGGUGCACCGCAUGCGUAUUCUGAAUGAGAGCUUCCAACGUGAACUCUCUCGCUUGAACCCGGCAACGGAUGAUUUCGACCGUCUUAUCGAGUUCUACACGCGUGUCCGUGAAACUAUUGGCGCCCCCGUUGGUGGCAAGCGCAAGUCUCGGGACGAUGGGGGAGUAUCUACGGCAGAACCAGCUUCCAAGAAGACGAAGCCAUUUGGCCUACCUUCCGAUGCAGCAUCGGCCGCCAAGGGUGGCACGCCCCCUCCGCCUAAACUUUUUGGAGCCAGCACCCCCACCACAGCCACCAAGCGCAAGUCGACUGAAGAUGAGACUAGCGCAGCUCCCGCCGAAAAGCGCGUGAAUGGCGACUCUACAACGGCCAGUAUCUUCGCGCAAUCCUUUUCUAAGUCUAAGACUUCGGAAUCUGGUCCUGAGUCGACUACCGCGUCGGCUGCCAAGCCUUCUACUCCUGACACAAGCAAGCCCGCUCUGUUCUCCACGACUCCCACGACCUCACCAGCAAAGCCCCUAUUUUCCGCGCCAACCACAACCAAGGAGGCUUCCGGCUCGAAACCUCUCUUCUCUACUACCCCCAAGCCGGCGUCCACUGCACCGUCGACCGGCUCCACUCCUGCGAAUCCUUUCGUCCUGAAGCCCACGGGCGGACAGAGCUCGACUUCUGCAGCCCCUCCGCCAGGAUUGCCAAAGUUUGGCUCCGGUACCACGGAUUUCUUUGCUCAGUUCAAGCAACAGGCGGAGAAGGAUGCCGAGAAGGAAAAGGCCAAGCGCAAGGCCGAGGACUUUGAUUCCGAGGAGGAGGACGAGGCUGAAUGGGAGCGUCGGGAUGCUGAGGAGCGUGAGAAGAAGCUGAAGGAGCUUCAAUCUCAAUCCGUGAAGCGCUCCAAGUUUGUUCCUGGAAAGGGAUUCGUGUUCGAGGACGAAGCUAGUGAUGCAACUGAGAAGGAAGACAAGGCUGCCCCUGCUGCCUCGUCAAGUGGUGCUUCGGUCUUUGAUAAGAAGAGUGCUUCUCCUGUCAAGUCAAACAACAUUUUCGGCCACCUGUCCGCUACCCCCUCUGAGGCGGAAGAAGACGACGCGGAUGACACUGAAGAAGCUUCCGACGGCGAUGAGGGUGAUGCCACAAAAGAGUCUUCGUUCGGUGCUACAAGUGAGGAUGAUAACGCCCGGGAUGCCGAAACGAGCGAAGCUGAGUCGAAGGCUGUCUCUGGUAGCGUGGCUGAGUUCUCUGCAAACGAGAGCGGCGACGAUGGCGACCUCACGAAGGCGAUUCAGAACUCCAAGAAGGCCACCGAACCCGCUUCUGGUGGUCGCAGUUUGUUUGACCGUGUCCAGUAUGACCAGGACGGGAAGCCCAAGCGCCAGAAUGAAGAAGAACCAAAGAACCCUUUCUCGGGCCUCUUCAACAACACAAAGUUCUCCUCGCCGGUGAACUCCACUAGCUCUACGCCCAACCCCUUCACUUUCGGAAAACCUCAAAGCGAGCAAGGCGAUGCCUCCGCUUCGAAGCCUGCCACUCCCAACAUCUUUGGUGCUGCGAAGCCGGCUGGCAGUCUGUUUGGCUCCCCAACUCCUAGCGCCUCCGGUGCGAGCACGCCAUCUAUCUUUGCUGCGAACCAAGGAACGGACAAGACCUGGAAGCCCAAUUCUCCCAUCAAGUUCGCCAACUCCACCUCCACUCCGGCGUCGAAUGGUGAGUCUGGGGCGGCCGAUACAUCCAAGCCCUUCUCUACUUUGUUUGGAGGCGAUGGCGCAUCGGAUUCGAAGGCUGCUACGGGAAGUGGGACCCCGUCUCUCGGAUUUUCAUUCGGCGGUCCCUCCCAGCAGUCCUCGUCCUUCCUGGCGCCGUCGAGCGUCAGCUCUGCAACUCCUAGCCGGGCGUCGACCCCUGGUGUGACCUCGGACACUGGCGCGGAGGAGUCUGGCGAUGGUGAUGCGGCGGAGAAAUUGCCCCAAGUUGAUCUUGCGCGCAGCCGGGCGGGCGAAGAGAACGAGGACGUCGUUAUUGAGACUCGUGCUCGUGGAUUGAAGUUUGUUGACAAGUCCUGGGAAAGCCAAGGUGUUGGAUUUCUCCGUGUCUUGAAGGACCGCACCACGUCUCGCGGCCGCGUUAUUCUCCGGGCUGACCCCAGCGGAAACGUCGUUUUGAACGCGGCUCUUAUGAAAGCCAUCGAAUACAAGGUCAGCGGCAACAACGUUCAGUUCCUCGUCCCCAAGGCCGAGGGACCACCAGAGCAGUGGGCCCUCCGCGUGAAAAAGGAGGACGUCGAGCGUCUGGGUGCUGCGAUGCAAGAGACGAAGACCUGA